AUGCUUCAAGGAUCUAUUUUCGAAUUCGAAACGAACGAGGACUUGCUCAUCAGCCCCUACCCACUCGAGCAUGUCCACGCCCCUGGCCUGCGCUCGUUCCAUUCAUAUUCCCCAGGCCGGUAUGAAAUGCGGUGGUUGGCUGUACUUCUAAUGUUAAGUGUGGUUUCUGCAAGAUUGCAUUUUCCCGUCAUCGUUCAGCUCUUCAACACUGAUGAAGUUUUGGAAAGGAUGUCUCGAGCCGUUGACGAAGAAGACAGUCCAAGGCACGAAAAACCUCGCCCACUACGAUUUGGAAGGUGA